AUGGGGGUCACCUGCGUGGCGCAGGUGCCCGUGGCGGAAGGGAAGAGCGUGCAGCAGACGGUGGAGAUCCUGACGCGGAAACUGGAGCUGCUGGGGGCCGAGAAGCAGGGGACUUUCUGCGUGGACUGCGAGACCUACCACACCGCCGCCUCCACCAUCGGCAGCCAAGGGCAGACAGGCAAGCUGAUGUACGUGAUGCACAACUCCGAAUAUCCCCUCAGCUGCUUCGCUCUCUUUGAAAACGGUCCCUGCCUCAUAGCAGAUGCCAACUUUGAUAUCCUUAUGGUGAAGUUGAAAGGCUUCUUCCAAAACGCCAAGGCGAACAAGAUAGAGAGCCGGGGCACCCGCUACCAGUAUUGUGACUUCUUGGUGAAGGUGGGCACGGUUACAAUGGGGCCCAGUGCCCGUGGGAUAUCUGUGGAGGUAAGAAUAGGCUGUGGUUUCUGUUGCCAGGUGGAGUACUGCCCUUGCGUGAUAGCCAACGACUGCUGGAACCUGCUCAUGGAGUUCAUGCAGAGCUUCAUGGGGAACCACACUCCCGGCAUCCCGUCCGUGUUUGGCACCAAGCACGACAGCAUCUACAGCCCGGCGGACACGAUGGUUCAGUACAUGGAGCUGUUCAACAAGAUCCGCAAGCAGCAGCAGGUGCCCGUAGCGGGGAUCAGAUGAAAGGACUCCCUGGAGCCUGGUUUAGAGCGACUGCAUCCUCUUUUCUGCCUGCCCAUCUGGAUCAGGAGUCCCUCCAAAAAGCAGCACUGGAGGCAGCCCAAGGUUGUUUUUGUUUUUUUUUUUUUUUCUUCUCAAACUCUUUCCCCUGUUUCAAAGCAAAGGUCUUGAAUGCUAUGCAUAUUUCUUGUUGUCCUCCUUCGUGGUUUUGAGCGUGUCUGGGAUCGGGCCCCUGGUUCUGAUGGUUCUUUUUAAAGUGCUUCGUGCAGGGGAUUACUGUUCGUCGGCAGGAGGAAAAAGGAGAAAUUCCAGGCAAACGCAUGCAAGGGCAGAGUUUCCUUGACUGCAAACAGCUACAUGAGAGAUUUUUUACAUUUAUUUUUUUUUAGAUAUCCACGUGAAAGUGUCUUUUUAUUUUUCAUCAAAAUAAAAAGCUGUAUUUUGUGA